AUGAAAAUGUACAAGGAAACGGCAGCAGCAGCGAAACCUCUUAUUCUGUCAGCUAAAACACGUUGUUCUAGUGUUACUGAAAGCUCGGAGUAUCCAGGUGGACGUAUCACAAUUCUCUUUGGUUCUCAGACAGGUACAGCUGAAGGUUUUGCUGAAGUAUUGAAGAAAGAAGGACGAAAAGCUGGUUUUCAUACCCAUGCAAUUGAUUUAGAGAAUUAUAAUGCUACAGAAAAGCUCAAGGAUGAAAAGCUCGUGAUAUUUGUCAUGGCUACAUAUGGAGAAGGUGAUCCAACUGAUAAUGCAGCGGAUUUUAUCAAGUUUUUAAAGCAUAAAGAAAAGGUGGGAGGACAACAGUCGCUGGAGCAUGUGGGCUAUACGGUCUUUGGAUUGGGCAAUACGCAAUAUGAACAUUACAAUGAAAUUGGAAGAAUUGUAGACAAGUUGAUGGAAAAACAUGGCGCAUAUCGAGUGUAUCAUUACGGAGAGGGAGAUGAUGACGCGAAUUUGGACGAUGAUUUUGAUGAUUGGAAAGAGUUAUUGUGGAAAGCACUGAGGAAACAGUUUAUUGCUACGGACGAUGUUGAAAAGAAGGGUGAGGUUGUGAAGAGGGGACAGACACUGUCUGCUCCAGAGUAUGAGUAUGAGCUGGUAGAGAUUCGCGCGUCUGAUGUAGGAAGACUUGCGACUCGAAACAAGGAGGUCAAGAUGAAAGCUUCGACCAAGCAUUUCUUUACGGCCAAGUGCGCCAAGGUCGUGGUAAACCGAGAACUGCGUCAAUCGACUGAAGGAGGUUCGACGGUUCAUGUGGAGCUGGAUCUGCGUGGAACUGGAACGACAUAUCAGACGGCGGAUAAUCUAGCUGUGCUACCGGAAAAUGACACGCGUGUGGUGGAACGACUGGCUACACGGAUGAAUUAUGACUUGGAGCAGUGGGUGUCGCUGAAACCUGUGGGUGAGGAUCUCCACUGUGAGUUUCCGUUCCCAUCGCCGUGCACCAUUGGCGAGAUCUUGACCCGCUACCUCGCCAUCAACAGCGCGCCGCGCAAAGGCCCGUUGAAGCAGCUGGCGUUCUUUGCAUCCGACGUGGCGGAAGAAGCUCGGCUGGUGCAUUUGUCAACGAAAGAGGGUAAAGAGGAAUACCAGCAGUGGAUCGUGGAGGACAAGCGCUGUUUUGUCGACGUGCUUAUGCACUUCCGUUCGGUAAAGAUAUCCAUGCAGGGUCUACUGCAUAUCGUUCCGUUCUUGCUGCCGCGCUACUACACCAUUUCAUCUUCUAGUCUUGUCAGUCCACAGCGUGUGCACGCAACUGUGAGCCUCAUUGAGAGCAAGCAGAGCGACGGUCGUGUGUUCCACGGUGUGUGCUCGAAUUAUUUAAACAGACUGCAGCCUCUCGUAGCGCAUAAGGAUGUUAAGAAAAAGCGUGACAGCCGACCUGGUGACCAGGGUGUCAAGAAAUUGCGCGAGUGGCCCAUUGCUCGUAUAUUUAUACGUGCUUCCACCUUCCGCCUGCCGAAGAAUCCACUCACGCCUAUCAUCCUCAUCGGCCCGGGCACUGGUAUUGCUCCUAUGCGAGCAUUCCUGCACGAGCGCGCUAGAGAGAAAGAAGAUGGCAUGAUUGUGGGCAAGUCCAUUCUGUACUUUGGUUGCCGUCGCCGCGAUGAGGAUUUUAUAUACAAGGACGAGCUGGAUCGAUUCCAGGAGAGCGGCGUGCUGACUGAGCUGCACUUGGCGUUUUCGCGCGAGCAAGAGAAGAAAGUGUACGUGCAACAUUUGCUGGUUCAGAAUGGCCAGGCGACCUGGGAACUUGUUCGUGAUGACGACGCACACAUCUAUGUGUGUGGCGCUACUAGCAUGGGCAACGAUGUCAACAAGGUACUGCACGACAUCAUUGAGAAGUUUGGCGGCCAGUCUAAGGACGAAGCGCAGUUGACGCUCAAGAAGCUUCAGGAUGACCACCGGUAUAUCCAGGAACUCUGGGCAUAG